AUGGCGCUGGCUCUUUCUCUUCGUCGGGCACUGCCCCAAAUGCCUCCGUUGGGCUUCCUUUCGACAGCCUCUUUCGCGCUGCCGAUUUCCAUCACAAUCCCGCCUCUCCUCGCCGAUCUCUGGGAAUCCGUCUUGCGUGCAGUCCCCAAGAAAAAGACCUCGCACAUGAAAAAGCGUCAUCGCCAAAUGGCCGGCAAGGCCUUGAAGGAUGUGCAGAGCCUCAAUAAGUGUCCCGGAUGUGGCCAGGUCAAGCGGGCCCAUGUGUUGUGCCCCCACUGCGUGAAAGAUAUCAAGCAGUCUUGGAAGUCCGCGCAAGCCGCUUAA